AUGAAAAGAAACGAAAUAUCAUCUUCAUCAAGGAAGAAGAAUGAUAACAAACAAAGACAAUCAUCCUAUUCCUCAUCAUCAUCCUCUUCUUCCUCCUCCUCUAAAAGAGACCAUUAUCAUCGUCAAAAGAAAAUAAUAGAUGGAAAUCAUGAUACAGAAACUGCAGAUCAUAGGAAAACCAACGAUGAGAGUUCAUCCGAUGAUAGCUCUGAUCAAGAUGAUAAAGAGAACAAAUCUGAAUCUGAAUCUUACUCUUCACAAGAUUCUGGUGAUGAUGAUGAUUCCUCUGAUAUUUCUUCAUCAUCUUCUGGUAGCAAUGAAGAAAAGACUUGUUCGUUUUGCAACAAAGAUGAAAACGGAACAAACAUGGUAAAAUGUCUUAGAUGUCACUUUUAUUAUCAUUCUUAUUGUACUUCACCACCAUUAAAUAGGGUACCUAGAAGUAAAUGCAAGUUGGGCAAAGAUGAAGAUAAAAUUCUACUUUGUGACUCGGAUGGAUGUGAUAGAGGUUAUCACAUGUAUUGCCUUCGCUAUCCCAUUUCAAAUGUCCCCAAAGGAGAUUGGGUAUGUGAUCAUUGUAGAUGGGGUGAUUUAUCAGAUAUAGAUCUCAACAAUCAAGAAGAUGAUGAAGAAGAUGGAGAAGUCAAGGAUUAUAGUCAUAGUAAUAGUAAUAGUCAUAGUAAUAGUCGUAGUAAUGGUGAUAAUAAUAAUAAUAAUAAUAAUACUUUUGUUGAUAACAAAAGAAAAUUAAACAAAUUUGGUGAUUUGGAUGAAGAGAAGAGAAAAGUUGAUGAAAAUUAUUCUCCCCAAAUCCGUCCAAACAAAAAAUUAAAGGAUGCUCCAUCUAGUAGUCCACCUUUGCCAUCUCCCUCUAUGAUUCUCAAGAAACCCUCACCCUCAUCUGGAGCCACAACGGGGAUGAAUCAAUACCUCUCCAAAGUGCCAAAAACCAAAUCCCCUUCUUCACCCCCUUCCUCACCACUUUUAAAUGGAAGCCUUCCAAGCAUAAUCAACAACAACAAAAAGCAACCCCCAAAAAUCAUCAAGGAGCAAUUGGAUUCAAAUCAUAAUAAUAACCAAAUUUCUUGGGAUCUAAGUCAUAAACCAAAUAAUCACAAACAACCACCACCACCACCACCACAAUCAUCAUCAACCAACAACAACAACAAAAUUCAGCCCAAACAAGUUCCUAGCAUUAUUUGGAGAGGAAGAAUAGAAUUUGAUGAUAUUUUUAUUUCGACAAUGUCCAUUUCUAGACUAGAUGAACAUAACAGCAAAGUAAGGCUCACAACAACAAACUCUUUAAACUUUCAAAAAUGCAAUUUUUAUUCACUCGAUCAAGACACCAAGAACACUAUCCUUGACUUUUCACUAAAAGAUCAUUGUCUGUUUCCUGUAUUACACUUUUCACCGUCAAACAAUUCACCAAACAAUCCCACGUCACCAUUUUAUUCUUUGCUAUACAAGCUAAAAGUUUCGGUUUCAUCACCAAUUGUGGGCUUUACUCGAAUAUCAAAUAGAAAAUAUGUAUAUCUAUUUUCAACAAAUGGUAAUAAGUUGUAUGGAAUUGUUUACAAACAACCAAAACCUCUAAUAACUAAAUCAAUCUCAACACUCAAAACAACAGAAAAUAAUUUGAAUGGCGAUCAAACAACAGUGAUAAAUGUGGUAUUUAUUAAAUCAAAGACGCCAACAGAUAAUGAUUCAUAUCCUUCAUCUAAAUUACAAGAAUUUAUUAUUGAUUGUGGUGGACGUCUUGUAGAUUUCUCAUCCCUCAAAAAUCAAAAUAAUAAUAAUAAUCAAUUUAAUAAUCAAUUUAAUAAUCAAUUUAAUAAUCAAUUUAAUAAUCAAUUUAUUUAUUUAUUCAUUAUUGAACAAGGAUAUCAAAGAAGAGUAUUCUUUGAAUAUCCAUUUCUAUAUCGAUAUCAAUCCAAAGAUUCAAAUAUAUUUUUUGUGGCAAAUUUAGAACAAGAAUUAUACCUAAAAAAUUAUUUAAAAUCAUUGCAAAAAAAACCAACUGAAUCACCAGAUAACAAUAAUAAUAAUAAUAAUAAUAAUAAUAAUAAUAAUAAUAAUAAUAAUAAUAAUAAUAAUAAUAAUAAUAAUAAUAAUAAUAAUAAUAAUAAUAUUAAUAUUAAUUGUAUGGAUUUGCAAAGAAACGAUGAAAAAGAACUAGCUAAAAACAGAGUCGACAAAAAUAUCUUUCAAGAACAAGAAAAAUCUUCCCAAUUUUCGUUUCAUUCAUUCGAAUUGAAGGAUUGA